AUGGCGCAGGUCGUUGGAAAGUAUGCAGCGAACAAGUUCCUCAAGAAACAGAUGAAGGGGUACGAAGGAAAGAAAGUCGAGACCGGCGAUGAUCCGUACUUUGCCAUGGUCGAAGAUCCCAAGCGACCUGGCAAGCUCAAGAAAGUCAAGAAGCAGAUUCCAGCCUACAUCCCCGAGCACGACGCCAUGAUACUCGCCUCUGUCCGUCGCAAAGCCUACCGCCUCGACAUGUGUCUCUUCAACUUCUUGGGCAUACGAUUCGGGUGGGAGGCCGUGAUUGGACUUAUUCCAGUGGCCGGGGACGGUAUUGGGGUGUUCUUCGCUCUGCUGGUCAUGAAAAAGGCAAUGCAAGUCGAAGGAGGGCUGGACAACUCGAUCAAGCUGCGUAUGUUGAUCAACAUCGCCCUGGACUUCAUUGUUGGGCUGGUUCCCCUCAUUGGCGACCUGGCAGACGCGGCAUUCAAGUGCAACACCAAGAACCUUCGCCUACUGGAAGUCACGCUCGACAAGAAGUACAAGCCUAGGAACUUGCAUCCAGACGAGCGAGACCUCGUUGGUGUAGAUAAGGAGAAGCGUCGACAAAACCGACAAUCGGGCAUCUACGCACCUCAAGACCCACCACCUGCCACUGCAUUCGAAGACUUCAGCGAUGAGGAAGAAGAACGCAUCCGUGCUGCCGAACGUCAGGCCUCCGGUCGUGUACAAGAACCCAGACCCACGCGAGCUCCUGAAGAUCGGCGAGGCGGAGGCGGGUGGUUCUCUAGCGUCAAGCAGGGUAGCAGGCGAGAGCAAAGACCACAGAAUGAGAUGCGGGAGGCUCGUCGUCAGGAGACGGGUCAAGUGCGGCGAUAA